AAAGGGUGUGUUGCAGUUUACCUGUGGUGAUUAAAUUAACCUUUUAGCAACUAUUUGAAAAACAAUGGGCAUGAGAGGCUAUAAAAAUCUUAGCUGUGCUGGAGUUUGUCCUUUUUAACAGAAAACCUUCUUGGAGAGCUGCUGGACUCAAAAAGAGGUAAGACCUUGUGCCUUUAACUCUGAAACUAUAAAGCCACUUUUUGCCCAGGCUGUCUUAGUAAAUAAUGGUGCCUGUAUGUAUUUCAGGGGUGGAUCUGUUUAGCAUGGAACCAGGCCAAGGCACACAUGGGGGGGAACAGAACAAUCAUGUCCCUGCAACACUUUAUCCCAUAGUAAAAGUACAGUCAAAACAUGAGAAAUCCUUAGACCAGAGGGAAAACAAACUCAAAAGAAAAAGGAAGGAGACGGCUGAAAAGGAAAAUUCACCAGCAUCAGUGACUGAAGGAUGCAUGAAGCCCUGCAGGGGCAACCUUUCUGAAAAUGCUGUUGUCAGCGCUACAAGGACAAGGACACCUCCUCCAGAACCACUAAAGAACCAGGAAUCUGCUUUGAGACCUUUAACAACGCAAAACAGCCCAGAUCUCAUAUACGUGAAACCCAAGGACAAAACAAAAGACUCUGGUAAAAAACCACCACACAAACACAACUCCAGUUCCUCAGCGGUCACCGCCACACCAAGCCCUGAGGAAACUGUGAGCGAAAAUGCCCACGUUCACAACCCCAGAGCACGCACUCUAGGGGUUCUGAAGGUGCGCAGACCUGGAGCAUGUAGUGUAUGGGCUCCAUAUAAAAAACCAUGGACUAGAAGCUUCUGCAAUGCCGAGGUGCUGCAACCACACAAACACGAUUCCAGUUCCUCAGCGGCCACAGCCACACCAAGCCCUGAGAAAACUGUGAGUGAAAAUGCCCACGUUCACAAACCCGGAGCAUGCGCUCUAGGGGUUGUGAAUAAAACACCGAGCACUGACAAAACAUUCUCCCAAAACCAUAAGCUCGCCGCAGCUCCCCCGAGUUCUAGUGUUUGGGAAGAGUUUGAUGCUUCCAUCAGAAAAGUGAUGGAUGCUGUAUCCUUGGGGAGUCUAAAAGAACGGCCUUCUAGAAAGACUUGGGAAAAAUAUGAUUCUUUGUUCAGAGCAAUGCUGAAAGACAGGAGGGUUGGAAAGGGUGUCUCUAAGCAGGCAUGACUAGUCGUGGAAAGGGGCCUGGGUAAAAGGGGCACCCUCCAGGGUUCACACCAGCUCAUGUGUAAACAAAAGGGGGGACAGCGCUUGGGGGAUAAACAGAUGGCUGCCAAAAAGUUCCAGGCCAGGGUGGUUGUAAAACUUUUAAAAAGGGCUAAAGAGUUCAUGAGGAAAAAAAAACAAAAAGAGAUGCCUCCUACUGGAGGCUCUCAGACUGGCUUCUCUGAAAAUGGGGAGAUGGAAUCAGACUC